GGGGUGCGGGCGCCGGGCGGCCGCGCGGGGCCAUGGCCUCCUCCGUGGUGCGCGCCACGGUGCGCGCCGUGAGCAAGAGGAAGCUGCAGCCCACGCGCGCCGCGCUCACGCUGACCCCAUCAGCAGUUCAGAAGAUUAAACAGCUUCUUAAAGAUAAACCGGAGCAUGUUGGUGUGAAAGUAGGUGUUCGUACAAGAGGAUGCAAUGGACUUUCUUACACGUUAGAAUAUACAAAAUCGAAAGGAGAGUCUGAUGAAGAAGUAGUUCAAGAUGGCGUUAGAGUGUUUAUUGAGAAGAAAGCACAGCUGACACUUCUAGGAACAGAAAUGGAUUAUGUAGAAGACAAACUGUCCAGUGAAUUUAUCUUCAAUAAUCCAAACAUCAAAGGAACGUGUGGCUGUGGAGAAAGCUUUAACAUAUGAAAUCUCAGGACUGUUACUUUGACCUUGAACACCACAGAAUACUUACUAAGGGUAUGGCUUUCAAAAGCGAAUGCAUUUUCUUCAGGUUCUUAGGCUGUGUAAAGUGUGGAUGCCUUUAAGGAAAAUAAAGUCAAUUCAUUUUGAAAAAGUAAAUUGUGUGUAAAAUUCCAGCACUGAUAUAUUUAUGCUGUAAUUUGUGUUGAAUUGGGAUCCAGAAGUUGAGAACAGUGCUGUAGUAUUUCUUUAUUUUCAUAUACAAAGGAAAUAAAAUCUUACUGUUCUUUUCCUUUGUCAUUUUCUUCGUCAACUUACUUCUGCUUCCCGAUACAAAACAUUUUUGUGAGAAUAUAUUGCCUAUGUAUUCUGCUUUGAUUUGAAAAGAAGUAUUGUUCAUAAGUUUGUGUUUGUGGAUACUUAAAUGCACAGACACACACGCCUCAGCUUCAGAACUCACUAUGCUUAUUUAGAUGCGCAUUCUGUUUUAUUAGUGUCAGAUGUAUUUGUAUUUCUGUGUAUAGAUGUUCAAGUGGUUUAUUUUCCCAUAAAUCUAGGGAAGUCUUGAAAACAAGUCAUGUGUUAUUUUUGCAGUGGUUCAAAAUGUGGUAAUCCAAGCUUGUACUUUGCCAUGCUGAAGGCACAGUCUCCUUUGUAGUUGAAAAGUGGUUUUUGAAAACACAAAGUUAAAAUGUAUAGUGUAGAAGUAUUAAAGCAGAAUACACACAGGCCACAUUUCUCACAUUUCUAAUGUUUUUCUUCAUCUUGCUUGACUUAGAUUGCCAAACUAGUAAAGCUGCUUCCGCACUCAGAUUCCCAGGUUUCACAGAAUGUGUGUUUUCUCAUAUACUGUCUGCACUAGAAGCUAUUUUUGAGAGAAAAUAGUUUUAUUUCACUUUUUAUAGUAAAUGUUUCCAGUUUUAACAAAACUGGAACUUCUUCAGUAACUCUAUAGGAACCAGGGUUUUUCACUUAAAAAAAACUUGUGGAAAUUUUGUUUGACUUGUGUCUUGACAUUAAUGUGGUAGCAGGAAAACCAUUUAUAAUUGUAAAAGACUUCUAUUUAAAACUAGUUUAAAACCAAUCCUAUCAGUAGUUAAAAUACUAACAGGAAGCCAUUUUUUCUUUGGAAAUGAAACUUGCUUGCUUACUUCUAAUGAGAAUUUACCUUUUCCAGAGUAAAUUUUUUUUGCUUGUUUGUUUGCUUUCAAGCUGGUAACAGCCUUCAGCACUUACUCCACUGGUGCUCAGGCAGAAGUGUAAACUUCUUUUCCAGGCUCCUCACAAGCUAGUAUGAUAGAAGCAGCUUUCUGUCCUUUUAUCCUCCUGCUCCCCUGAUUGUCCAAAGAUGGCAUGCAUGUAGGCUAAAAGUAGGCAACAGGGACAAGGAUAUUGCAGUCAAAGACUUUAAUAGUCUGACUGAAGAGGCUAUUAAGGCAGAUGGCUGAAAAUCCAGGUGUUAUAUUAGUUUGGAGGGUUGCUCAUAGACAUGUCUAUUUGACAGCUUCAGAAUAAUAAAGUGUUGAACAUGUAGGGAUGCAGCUAAGCAGGCCUGGUUUGGGGUAAAGGCAUAGAGGGAAGACUGAAAAUGCAAAAAAGAAAAAAAUCUGGAUUUAUCUUACAGAGUGCACAGUAAUUGAAGGAUAGAAUUUCCACAGGUACAGCUUAAUACUAAAUACUUGAAUUUAAUUGUGUAUCACCUUUUGAUGUAAAACAGUGAUUCGCUUUUAUUAGUCAACUGAUGAACACAACUGCUUUAUUUUAUACAAUAAUUCAGGAAGUACUGGUAAUACAGGGCUAGGUGACUUUAUAUAAGUCCUUCAGUCUUGCCAAAAAGUACAGGGGAUAUGAUAGUUAAGCUCAUAUGUCUAAAAUUGCAAGUUGAGGGCAUUUCUUCAGAUUGCAUGUCUCUGCUUCUUAUUAGAAGAUAAAGACUAUGAAUGUAGCACUGGUGAUUGCCAGGAGUGCUGUUUUAUUCAUUUAAGUUUGUUGUUUUAGGCCUUUGGCAUUUUUAGCAUUCCUUUUCACGUGUUGUGUGUAUACCUUCAGUGAAAGUUUGUGCUUUCAUAGUAUAUGAAAUAAUCUCCUAAAAAUUGUCAGUUUACUAAAACACUAAGUGCACAGUGUGUUAAAGUAAACUUCUGUGGAAGCGCUAGCAACAGUUAUAUAGGAACUUUACUUUGUUGAUCGGUCCAUUAUAAUUUUGUGCAAUGCUGUAUGUAGAGUUCUGGAUUA